ACUAAUCAAAUAUAUACUCACUAAGUGUUCAGUGAUUUCUUGAAUUUGUUUGUAUAUUUUUAGAUUUCACUAAGAUUUAAACGUAAAAAUUAGAUCCAAGAACUCACUGAACGCUCAGUAUGUGGUUGUAGUAUUGGAUGCACGUAUUGGAUGUGUUCAGAAAAUACAACGGUUGUAAUUGUUGAGUGAUUGUUGAGCGGUAUGUUCAGCGAACACAACUAUUGCACAACGGUUGAGUAAUUCGUCAACAUAAUUGGUUUAAAUUUAGAGAUCUAUAAUUACCGACUGCUCACUGAUCGCUUUGUUCCGCUGAACGCAGCAAUUAUUAUCUUUGAUCAAAGUAUUCAUUUAUAAUAGAUCUGAAAAAAUAUGAUUACUGAACGCUCACUCCAUUGUUGUGUUUGUUAAACGUAGCCUUUGUUUUACUAUCUUAACAAUAUCUAUCCUUUUAUCAAUUGAAAAUCUUACUUUAAUAAUAGAAAUUGCAUGUCAAGCAUACAGCAUAUGCGGAAGAUAUAUUUACAUAAAAGAAUUCGUCUUUGACACACUUGUUAUCUGCCUUAUCUUGCACGGACGAACAAGUUUGUCUUCCGCUCUGCUCGGUAUCGUCUGUACACGCAGAAAGACACAUCGUAUAAUUUAUUUAAGUGAAAGCAAUGCGUCGUCACGCGAGUUCAAUUUCACGCAUACAGUUUCUGUUUGCACCAAAGGAGAGUACGACAUCGUUACAUCAUGUUCAGUCGUAUGCAGGUGCCUAGCGAAAGCGCAGUGACACGUGUCGAUGUCGCUGAUGUGCGUCACUUGACAAGCGAUUUUCCGUUGAGGAAAUAAUCUGGUUCUCAGACACAACGUUUUGAUUACGCGCGAUAGGAAUUGUCACAAGAACGACGUGGAUUUCUGUCUGGUGAGAAACGAGUCGGAACUUGAGCUAAACUCCGUGGCAGUCGUUAGGCUCCGGCAAGCGGAAAGAUAAUUGCGCAAAGAGACGGUCGCUCGUAUACGCACACUUUUGCAAUAAUCCGACGAGUGGAUAAAAUCUGUGCCGUCGAGUUCGACGUCGAAGGGAAACAAAAAGCGCGCUUCGCCGAGCGCGACAGAAACGUGAGACGUUUCGACGAGGAAAGAAGAGGAGAAGGAGGUAGACAAAAAAGAGAAUCAGAAGAGGAAGACGACGAAGAAGGGACCACAUCAGCUGCAAAAGAAGAAACGUGGGAGAAGGUGGGGCAGCAGGAGACAAAGGAUGCAACGACCUCUACGAAGGACACGAGCCUCCGACGACCCAGUGGCAAGAUGCAACCGGCUGACGUUCUCCGUUGCGUUCUUCUCGCUUUGCUGGUAAUCAUCAUUGUUCCAUCAAUUCACGGAAAAUUGCAACCUGCUAAACUUCUCGUGACCCGGAAUCGUGCUAUGUUAAGACGGAUCGCCGUUUCUCGCGAGGAGAAAUCUAAAGUCUGUUACGAUUUAGUUGGUUGUUUUGCAGUCCCACCCUCGCAUCUUUCAAUAAAACGACCACCCGAGCAUCCUAACGUAAUUCAGACCAAGUUCUUUCUCUACACACGUGCCAACCGACAGAACCCAGAACUCCUAGAAUAUGGUGACAACUUGAAAUCCAUCUUGCAUUCUCACUUUAACACUUCCAACCCGCUCAAAGUGAUGAUACAUGGUUUCAAGGGCAGCGGGAGCGACGUCAGCGUCAUACUUAGCGUGAAUUUACUCCUUGAUAUAGAAGAUGUAAAUAUUAUCAUCCCGGACUGGACGAAGGGUGCCGGCUCUACUUAUGGAGCCGCAGUGGCGAAUAGCGAGUUAGUCGGCCGACAACUCGCUUUGAUUUUUUUGGAUACCAUCAACAUAGGAAUUAGUCCUGUAAACAUUCACGUAAUCGGUUUUAGCUUAGGCGCCCACGUGGCCGGUUGCGCCUCGGAGGUUCUGAAGAAUAAAAAUCUGUUGCUCGGCCGCAUAACGGGCCUCGACCCAGCUUCACCGUUCUUCAGACAUCAUUUGUUCAGGGAGAAGUCGAGAAAACUGGACGCCACCGACGCCAGUCUCGUUGACGUCAUUCAUACGGACGGCUCGCAAGUUUUCACGGACGGAUUCGGUUUGCUUAAGCCGAUCGGACACAUCGACUUCUUCCCCAACGGCGGCAGAGAACAACCUGGCUGCGUCGACAUCAAGAACUCGGUAGUGGUCAGUCAUUUGAAAGAAGAUCUUGUGGACCGUGAUAUAGCGUGUAGUCACUUAAGAGCCUGGUAUUUCUUCGUGGAGAGCAUCCGUUCGCAGAACGAGAAAUGUAAAUUCGUCGCAUGGCCUUGCCCGCAAGGCGGAAUGUCCUAUAUUCGAGGCAUGUGCUUCCCUAUGGAAACGACUGAAUGGAAUCAGGAAAUGGGCUACGCGGCUAAUCGUGGACCUUUGGGAAUCUAUUACUUGGCUACCAGAGCUGAAUCACCGUUCUGCGGCAAACCACUGAGGGCAUCAGUAAUGACGUCUGAGGGUAUGCCGAAAACAUCCGGGAUACUGUCUCUCAAGAUAUUCCUGGGUAAUUCGACGACAUUCUUUAAGAUUCAAUGCACUUUGCCCAAACGAAGAAAUGAAUGGAUGAUGUUUUACAACAUCGCAGCGGUGACGUUUGACGCUUUGUUGACUGAUACUAUGAGCAUCACGGGUAUGAUUUCAUAUCAACGUACUGGUAAUAAGACGGAAGAGAAUGCCGCGGAGGAUCUAGAUGCGGAUGUAAUACUUUUCAAUAAACUCGCCAUUGAGGAUCGUAAGGGUAACAGGUGGGAAUACUGCAAAAUGAAUACGGCGAUCAAUUCGCACGAAGUAUACGUAGAACUGCGAAGUGAACGCUGCACCUCAUUGUAAUAUAAUCUUAAAAAGAGAUUUUUGUAUUUUAAUAAAUAAGUUCUUUAGAGA